GCAUUUGUGCCGAGUACACAUUCCCUAAGCCAGGCUCUCUCUCCAUCUCCGCAGGAGCUACAUUUGAUAGAACCUUGUCAGCUUUCCUCCUCCCUAUACUCAAUCACUUGAGGCCCCACCGCCUUCUUACACCGCGCGGCACUAUUUCGCCAAAAUCUCAUAGAUAUUCCCCUUGACUCAACGCCAAACGUUCGUCCGUGCGCUGUUCGUUUGCUUCUCCCCUCUCUACAUACUUUUACACUGCUCCAGAAACACCCUUCACCAUCUUCCCACGUUUCCUCCCGCUCAAUCACAGAAACCGCCACCUGGACUCGAACCACCCAACAUGCGCGUCCUGACAGCUCUCGUCAGCGCUGUCCCUCUCGCUGGCUCGACGUUUGCCCUUGCCAUCCCCGACGUCGGAGUCGCCAACCUCGCUUCCGCCAACGAGGUCUCUCUCGACAACUACACUUGCGGCUACGCCUACGAUGAGCGUGACCUGCCGGGCCUGGGCAACUACAUUCGUCUCCCGGCCUGGGAGGUGGUCACGUACAACAUCAAGGCCUGUUUCGUCUCUCCCGAGUGCGGAUGCAGGUUCUGGAACGAUGAGAAGGCAGUCAUCGCUGGCAGCCGUGCUGAGGCACCGGACAUUCCGGAAGGCGAUAUGAAAUACGCCGGGUGCUGGCACGAUGGGCACAAUGGACAUCUCGACGUCAAAAGGUUUCGAGGUCAAUGGGAUCGCGGUCAACGGAACCCAAAUCAAGAGACUGGAAGUCAGGCAUGUCGUUGGAUCUUCUCCAGAGGCUCGCCUGUCCUCGGCAUUGCAGUCCGCACCGGACCUGCCACAGGAGACCUCGGCGCAGCUACACGGAAGUCUUAUGUUCCCGCGCUCUCUCACCAAAGCUGGACGAGCCUCGAGAUGUUGCUGUCACAGCUCCGGUCCCCGCAAGUGAAGACGCCUUCUACUGCGGCUAUGCCUACACUAAGCCCGGCCUCCACGGCACCAGCAGCCCCGCCCUGUAAUCCACCCGAUCAGAAUUGGCGCCGCUCCCCAAAACCUUGAAGAGCUACAUCAUCUCCGGGUACUGCUGGUGCAAAUUCACGUGGCUGACGAGAGAUCAAGAAGUCGUUGGACCCACACAGGGAGACCUCCAGGCGGCGUUUGAUUCCGUCAUCUAUCUUCAGACGGCGCCUCCUCCGCGAGAUGGCAAGACCAAGCGAAAGGCUGGUGGAGCAGUCGAUUUCGUCGACUCCCAAGAACUCACUGUCACAACC